AUGGCCUCCCUCGGGGAUUCAACAGAAACUCUCGGGGAGUCUGUGACCCAGACUUUCGACGUGGUUUUAUCGUUGAAGUACGAGUGCAAUCCUCACCAUCAGCCAGCGGCUAUGUGUAGUGUAGUCGGCGAUGGUUUGGAGAUGCCUUUCAAGGUUGUCAAUGGGGUUCCGGGGUAUAUUAACCUUCUCGACGCAAUUAACUCAUGGCUGCUGGUCAGAGAAAUGGACAAGGCUACUGGGCUGCCGGCAGCAGCCAGUUUCAAGCACGUGGGCCCUGCUGGAGCUGCAGUGGCCAGCACCGAAUUGCGAGAUAAUGCGGCUUGCAUCUAUGAGGUGGCUCCGUCAGCAUGUGAUAACUUGUCUCCUGUGGCCCUGGCGUAUAUCCGCUCUCGGAAUGGGGACCCGAUGUGCAGUUUCGGCGAUUUUGUCGCUGUUUCAAUGCACCAGGAUUCGAACCAUACUCUGGUUACCAGAGGCCUAUGUGUCGGUUUCUGCAAGGACGGCAUGAUGGUCGGUAUCGGAGCGGGCCAGCAGAGUCGUGUCGACUGUGUCAAAUUAGAGGCUAGAAAGGUCCAAAACUGGUGGCACCCGAAGGCUCUUGGUAUGAUAUCCGAGAGCAGCGUGAAGAAGCAGAGUCGUAUCAGUGCUCGUGUGAGGUAUAUUGAGGGAGAUAUGAGCGGAUUGGAGUACACUAACUGGAAGACUGACAACUUCGAAUCUGCUGAUGUACCAGAGCCUUUAACCGAUGAUGAGAAGGCUAGAUUUAUGAGGACACUCACAGGGGUUGCUGUGUCCAGUGAUGCAUUCUUUCUAUUCCGGGACUCGAUCGAUGUUUGCAGUCGUUAUGGAGUGACCAGCGUGAUGCAACCUGGUGGCUCAGUUGCCGAUACUGAGGUCAUCGAAGCUUGUGAUCAGCACUCGAUGACUAUGGCUUUCUCCAACUUGAGGUUGUUCCACCACUAG